UUCCCUUUCCCCUUUCACCGUCAGCGUCGACAACGACGAGCCGACUCCGUUUCCUCGUUAUCUUCAUAGAAAAAUGCCUAGAGUCCCCUCAAUAUCUCCUGCAACUGGUCAACUCACCUCGUCAUCAUAUAUUCAUACUACUGAUUGCAAUUUCGUUGACAAUGCGGGUCGAACAUUACUACUCCGAGGAGUCAAUCUUUCAGGCUCCUCAAAGGCACCCGUGGGCAAGCCAUCCUAUGUCCUCGAGGGGCUGUGGGACGCAGCAGAGGAAGGAGGCGAGAGUUUCAUAGGACGACCGCUGAACAUUGAUGACGGGUCUGCGGAUGUUCAUUUGGCUCGGCUCAAGGGCUGGGGCUUCAAUAUGCUACGUUUCCCUGUAACAUGGGAGGCGCUGGAGCACGAGGGGCCGGGCAUCUACGACUACGGAUUCAUGGAAUACACGGUGCGAGUGCUACGAAAGUGCAAAGAUUACGGAUUCAAAGUGUACAUGGAUCCACACCAGGAUAUCUGGUCACGCUUUUCGGGCGGCUCAGGUGCUCCCAUUUGGACCCUUGCAGCAUGUGGCAUCGAGCCAAGGCACUUCACUGCGACCCAGGCUGCUAUUAUUCAUGCGGAAUAUCCUUCGUCGUAUGACCCCGAUCCUGCCUCGAUACCUGCCAUGCUAUGGUCCACCAACUACGGCCGUCUAGCAUCACAAACAAUAUUCACCUUAUUCUUCGCUGGCCGUGACUUUGCGCCCAACUGCAUUAUCGAUGACCAAAAUAUUCAGGACUAUCUGCAGGAUCACUAUACCGAGGCCAUGGGCCAGAUGGCCGACCGCAUAAGGGAUGCGGGUGACCUACUGGACGAAUGCGUUAUUGGCUGGGACAGCAUGAACGAGCCUUUCGAAGGCCUGUGUGGCUGGGAGAACCUUAAUAUAUCCCCUACGCAACAGGGAUCUACCCUCCGUAAAGGUACUCAUCCCUCUCCAGCACAGUCUCUCCGUCUUGGUAUGGGACAGGCGCAAAUUGUAGAUAACUGGUCCUUUGGUGCCUUUGGUCCUUCACGGAAUGGAAGUGUUACGAUUGAUCCCAAGGGAUACAAAAUGUGGUCGGAUGCAGAAACCGAAACCGAAGAAGGUAUCCAUCCAAAGUGGGGCUGGCGACGGCACAAAGACUGGCAGCUCGGCACAUGCAUCUGGGCGCAGCACGGAGUAUGGGACAUACAGUCAGGAUACAUCCUUCUUCCCGACUACUUUCGAUAUGUCCCUUCCUCGCGGUGUGCAGAUGCGCAGCCGGUCGAAGUCGAGUUUAUUGCUGAUUACUGGCAGCCUCAUUUCGAAGCCUUCACGUCUCGUAUCAGGGAGUCGCAUCCGGAAUCGAUCAUGUUCGCGCAGCCGCCCGUAUUCGCACCGCCGCCACCCAUCGAAGAGAGCGUGCUCAAAGGCCGUGCCGCGUACUCCCCCCACUACUACGACGGGCUUACCCUUAUAACACGACACUGGAAUUGGUUUAAUGCCGAUGCUCUGGGAGUAUUGAGGGGAAAAUAUUCCUCCCCAUUGCAGGCCGUGAAGUUUGGUGAGACCGCUAUACGGAAGUCGUUGCAGGAACAACUCUCUGUGUACAAAGUAGAUGCGCUUAUCCUAGGCCCGUAUCCAACCGUUCUUGGUGAGAUAGGUACUCCCUUCGACAUGGACAACAAGCGGAGUUACGGUUGGACGGAUCACGGGCAGCACAAGGGCGAUUACAGUCGGCAGGAACGGGCCCUUGACGCUAGUCUCAAUGGAGCUGAUGGCCCUAAUGCGUUGAAUUGGACAGUGUGGACGUAUUGUCCCGACAGCUGCCACGACUGGGGCGAUGGGUGGAAUAUGGAGGACCUGAGUCUGUGGAGCUCAGAUGAUCUGGGUGUGCGGAGGGGGAAGGAGGAGGACGACUACUGCGAGUACCCCUUGAAAGGUACGGAGUCACAGGCCGGUUUACUGAAACGGAAGGCGUCGGAAGGCUUCGACAUUCGAGCGGCUUGGGCUGCAUCGACGUUCUCCUUGGCUACGCUAGGGAUGGGCGAUGGUACGAAUUAUGACGAGCUGAGAGCGCAGCAACGACAAGAAUUAUACAUGAUGCGUUGGCGGGAUAGUCCCUACAAGUUCCUGACCGAUGGAGCCAGGGCAGACCGGGCGUUCAACAGACCCUGGCCCCACAAAGUCAUUGGCCGGCCCAAGGACAUCGCGUUCGAUCUACGAAAAGCAUAUUUCAAGUUCGUCGUGACCGUGCGCGCCGAAGACAAGCUCAAACCUGGUGGUGUGGACGAAGAGUCACCGGCUACGGAGAUUUUCGUUCCUCUAGUGCAUUACGCACACUCUCGGCUGCUUAGUGAUGACGGCUUGGAUCGUACGAUGGACACGAGCGAAUCCGUGUCUCGUGUUCCGUCUGCAUUGAAUUUGACAGAUUCACGAUCGAGUCACACCCUGACUGGGGGAGAGGAUUUGUUACAUAUUCUGUCGGAGAAGAACCUUGUGGAUAUCGAGGUGACGGUGAGUGCGGGGCGGUGGGCCGUUGAAAACCAACUCCUCCGGUGGUGGUAUGAUGUACCGCAGGAGGGGGAGGAAGAUAAGGAGUAUGUCAUCGAGAUUCGCAGGACGGGAGGUCCGAUAUCGACGCGCGAUGUGACCGGCAAGGAGUGUUCAUGGUCUUGGGUGCAUAAUAUAUGUCCUUUCCAAGAACGCUGUUGCAUAAUGUGAUGUCUUCUUUCAUUUCUAUUGCAUUUCUGUCCAAUUUCAUGGGACAUUGUACUUGAUAUUAAUACUGGCUACCCUACUUGUAGAGUUACUUCUACCUGUCAUAUUGUUAUUCUAAUUCAUUUUUUCUUUUCCGGUAUCCCUAGAAGUUAACACAAUAUGUUACUGCUAUAAAAAAG